CUGAUCUGACCUCAGUCAUGAUAUUUUUGUCCACAGCAAGUGCACACACCUUCACCAACAGCAGAACGAGCUACAGCAAUCAGACGGAUUCCCGUCAAGAGAGAACAGAAGAACGGGCAGAUGGUGGUUUCUCUAUGUUCAUCCAGCUGAUGCCCAUCGUGGUCCUGAUUUUAGUGUCAAUACUGAGCCAGAUGAUGGUGUCCCCUCCACCCUUCAGCCUCUACUCUAGACCGUCCACGGGUCAGACAAUCAAACGGCAGACAGAGAACCUGCAUGUGGAUUACUACGUCGCUAGAGAUUUCAAGUCAGAGUUUAGGGGCUCAGCGCUGCACCAGAUUGAGAAAAAUGUGGAGGAGGAUUAUGUAUCUAACGUCAGAAAUAACUGUUGGAAGGAGAGACAGACAAAAACAGACCUGCUGUAUGCUGCGAAGGUGUACAGGGACGACCGGAUGCGCAAGAAGGCAGAACUUAUGACCAUGGAUAACUGCAGGGAGCUGGACAGACUAAAUAACUUAUUCAGAGGAGGAUGAGUUUGUGACUUUUAGAUGAUGUAAAUGUAUAUGAAUAGAUGUUUAUGUUCAUGUUUUUCUAAGGAAGAGUCUUUACACUAGGAGCAACAACGUACUGAAAUAAUUUAGCUCUAAUGUUGAAGUUUUGAAAUGUCCCUCUCCUCAUAUCCCUACACCAACUUCCUCAUUCCAGCCUGACCCCAGGAAACGCCUUUAAACGCAUCUUAUUGAACCAAUCCACACUUCUACUGCAGUAGAACGCCCCAGACCUUCGUUGUUGUUGUUUUUUUACUCUGUUUUUCUUGCAUUUUCCUGGAAACAAGGUGGACAAGGACACUUGAUUGUAACGGCAUGUGCUUUGAGUAGAGAGAACCCAAACAAACCACUGUCAUAAAAUCAACUAACGGCUUUCGACAUCAUCUGCUUGACGUAAAUAUAAGAUGAGAGACUUUAUGGCUUCAUUUAGGGGUGCGGUCCACCAGGCAUUUUGUGAAGAACACAGGAACAAAAGAAGAAAUAAAGAAAACACAACGCUUCUUCUAGCUUCCUACUCACCUCCGAUUGCGGAUGAAGAUCAGUGGAUCAUGAAGAGAUACCUGUGAUUUUGCUACUAUAGAAUAUUUUAUGUCUUCAUCCUCAAAAUGUGUAGUUGGUUGGGACUAAUCACAGAAGGACAUUGAAACUGUUAUUCAUAAAUGGUUGUACAUUUUCAUUUUUGAAUGUUUGAAGUUUAUGCAGUUAUUUAAGAAACUAUGGAAGAAACAAAGAUUUUCUUCAUUGCUCGCCUAAUCAUUUAAAUAAAGUAAAAUUAUUACCAUA